ACACCAAUGGAGGAGUUCUCCAUUGCAUCCUACAAAGACUAAAGACUAAAGUAAGAGAGUGGGUUAGAGCGGAGCAAGUGUGUUAGCUAUGGCCAAUUCCGGUGUUAUGAAGCUUGUGUGCCUUGUUCUGGCCUGUAUGGUUGUGGCAGCUCCUCUUGCCGAAGCUGCCAUCACAUGUGGGCAGGUGGUGUCCAAGUUGGCUCCAUGCCUCACUUACCUUCGCAGUGGUGGCGCGGUGCCUGGGACUUGCUGCAAUGCCGUGAAAAACCUCAACAACUCCGCUAAAACCACUCCUGACCGUCAGACAGCUUGUGGUUGCCUCAAAAACGCCUACAAUUCCAUUUCCGGCAUCAACGCCGCCUAUGCUGGUGGUCUUCCUGCCAAAUGUGGUGUCAACCUUCCCUACAAGAUCAGCCCCUCCAUCAACUGCGCCACGGUGAGGUGAGCUGAGGUUGAUGUGUGAUGAGGGCUUGAAGAAAGAAGAUAAAUAUGUUGAGAAGCCCUAUCUAUCAGUGGAAGGGGAAUGUCAGUUUGAAUGUUUUUGUGAUCAUCAGUAUUAGUAGUAGUAAAAUAUAUAACAGCACCUAAGUUGUAUCUUACCUUAUGGUAGCUGUAUGGAAUAAUAUGAGCUAUAGGCUCCUUUGUUUUAUA